CUCAUACCUAUAAUUAUUUGUGCCAUUUAAGUUCAUAUUUGUCUUUCACUACACAUUAAUCCCGUCAAUAAUUUGGAUAUUUUAAAAAUUGCAAGGAAAAUCAUGCCUUUAGAUGAAAACUUCUCCAAGUCGGAAAUAGGAGCAAAGGCGUUGUGAGUCAACGGCAAGGUAUGGUUAAUUGAGGUCAUAUGAAUGUGACGUCAAAGGAGAUAUACAGGUAACUGCAUACCUGGUGACAUUUUCUCGACUCUUCGCUCUUAAUCCAAUAACAGCCAUUAGUGUACUUCAUUUGUAAUGUGAGAAAACGUCGUUUUACUUGCCAGAGAAAUAUGUCACAUUUUAAUCUGAUUUUACUUUUCUUUUCUACAAUUUUCAUCAAUACAAGUUAUGGUCAAGAACCUAGCAUUGUUGAUGAUAUACUUCCAGACAUAAAGAGAAUUGGGGAGACUGGUAUGCUAAAUUGUACUGUGGCUCGGUUGGGAACAAAUGCGGUUACCUGGUCUUUUAGCAACUCAAACCAACUACUGAGUCGAGGUGAAGUUAUCAAUGUUGAGAACAAAGAAAUCGAAGGCCUUAAAAGGUUUGAGAUUAAGAAACAUGGAUCCAGUGACCGAAUUACUUUCACAUUAAUAGUUCGCUUUCUGCAAGAGGACGAUGCUGGACGUUACAUCUGUUCCAUUGAAACUGUUGGAAGCUCACCUGAAAACUAUCCAAAAAAAUAUGGAUUCAUCACUGUUCUUUCACCACCUAAAAUAAGUCUUUCAAUGACAACAACUAGAGUUGAGUUAAAGCUCGGUGGUAGCAAAAUAUUAAUGUGCAAUUCUUCAGGAAUUCCUUCUCCGAAUAUUACUUGGGUCAGAACAAAUGGUGAACUGCUACCCAAUUUAAAAUACAGUAACAAAAAUCCAGUCUUGAAGUUGACUAACGUUCGAAGUGAGGAUCAAGGUGUUUAUCGUUGUGUGGCUGAUAAUACAGUCCGACCUCCAGAUCAUUUAGAUGUUAGAGUCUAUAUCAUUUCACCCCCUAUGGUCAGUUAUGUUCAAGACACUGUUGGUCAAGCUCAGAAUGGAAAAUAUUCAGCAGUAUUGGAGUGUAAAGUGUCAUCUUACCCGGAUGCUGUGUUGAGUUGGUACAAAAAGAAAUCUCGGGGGAGGGAGAAAUUAACUGAUACUGAUAAGUAUGAAAUUCAGAAGCUACAAAGCAGCAACCUAAGGCUUGGAGAGACUUGGUACAAACUGAAAGUGAAGAAUGUCCAAGCCAAUGACUAUGGAACAUAUUACUGUGUUGGCGCAAACACUGAGGGAGAACAAGAAACUCAAAUUAUAUUAUUUGAAACUGCAGAGUGUCAAGGCCCAAACUGCCCGUCUCCUACUGGAAGUGUUUCAACUUUAAAAGUUUACAAAAGCAUCCUGUUCAUUCUUGGCGUGUGUUACAUAUUUCUUAUACCAGAUAUCACUUUUGUAUUAUAAACUGCAGUAUCAUGAAUUCAGUAUUUACAGACUCUAUAUAGAGGAGGACCAUCAUUUAACAUGGUACUCCACAAAUGUUUUCUAUAUGUACAUACAUCAGUAGUAUUGCAUAAAAUUACCUUUAUUGAUUUGGUAAUGUCCUUCAAUAUUCUGACCUUAAAUCCUGUCAUUGCAUUUAACAUGCUACGGUUAAUGUAACUAUAUACUUUAGAACAUGCCAAAAUAUGCAGUACUUCAUGCAAGCAAAAAUAGUAAAUUGGAGACACAGAGUAGCAUAUGAAGGGUCAGUGGAAAAAUUUUUCUUUAGCUGUAUUUAACCCUUUCGUUACCAACCUGACUGAAACCAGCUCUGGCUCUGAGUACAAAUGUUUUGUUUUCAUAUGUGUUGAAUUAAAAUCUUCUACCAAACCUCAGUCACAAUUUAUGUUCCUAAUACAA